CUGGCAGCGCAUGCGCGAGGCCCGGCCCCCAAUUCCCUUAGCGAGAGGGGGAGGCCCCCGGCGGCCCGGAGGCAGCGAGCCGUGGCGGCACCCGAGCGCAUUCUGGGGCGCGGCGGCGCGGGGGCGAGCCCGGCUGCGGAGGCUGCCGUCGGUAGCGUGGAGCGCAGGGCGCGAGGGCUCAGCAGCGUGCGUGCACCCGAGGGCCCGCCUCGGUUCUGGGAGAGGCUAGGUGCCCACAGCCCCCCACGCCCGGAGAGGAAUGAGGUGCGCCCUGAGAGCCCGGUAGCCUCGGAUCGCGGCGCUGCAGACGCGGUGAUGGAUGAGCCUUGGUGGGAAGGGCGCGUCGCCUCGGACGUCCACUGCACCCUGCGCGAGAAGGAACUGAAGCUGCCAACCUUCCGAGCCCACUCGCCGCUCCUGAAGAGCCGCCGGUUCUUUGUGGACAUCUUGACCCUGCUGAGCAGCCACUGCCAGCUCUGCCCCGCGGCCCGGCACCUGGCCGUCUACCUGCUGGACCACUUCCUGGAUCGCUACAACAUCACCAGCUCCAAGCAGCUGUACGCCGCCGCGGUCUCCUGCCUCCUGCUCGCAAGUACGUGGAACCCGCUUCCUCCCCUGGGCUGCCUCCUCCUCGGUAAAUUUGAGGAUAGGGAAGACCACGUACCCAAGCUGGAGCAGAUAAACAGUACGAGGAUCCUGAGCAGCCAGAACUUCACCCUCACCAAGAAGGAGCUCCUGAGCACGGAGCUGCUGCUCCUGGAGGCCUUCAGCUGGAACCUCUGCCUGCCCACACCUGCCCACUUCCUGGACUACUACCUCUUGGCCUCCGUCAGCCAGAAGGACCAGCACUGCCACAGCUGGCCCACCACCUGCCCCCGCAAGACCAAAGAGUGCCUCAAGGAGUACGCCCACUACUUCCUGGAGGUCACCCUGCAAGAUCAUAUUUUCUACAAAUUCCAGCCUUCUGUGGUCGCUGCGGCCUGCGUUGGAGCCUCUAGAAUUUGCCUUCAGCUUUCUCCCUACUGGACCAGAGACCUGCAGAGGAUCUCAAACUACUCCCUGGAACAUCUCAGCACCUGCAUCGAGAUCCUGCUGGUAGCUUAUGACAAUGUCCUCAAGGAUGCCGUCACAGUCAAGAGCCAGGCUUUGGCGAUGGUGCCCGGCACGUCCCCAGCCCCCACCCAGAUGCUGUUCCAGCCACCCACCUACCCCACCCUCAGCCAGCCAACGCCGGCGGCCCUGGGACAAUUCCAGAGCCCCGUGCAGGACCUGUGUCUGGCCUAUCGGGACUCACUGCAGGCCCACUGUUCGGGGAGCCUGCUCUCAGGAGGCACGGGCUCAUCCGUCCACACCCCGUAUCCCUCCCUCCAGCCCCUGGACAUGUGCCCCGUGCCCCUCCCCACGUCCCUCAGCAUGCAGAUGGCCAUUGCAGCCGAGCCCCGGCACUGCCUCGCCACCACCUACAGAAGCAGCUACUUCAGCGGGAGUCACACGUUCCCUGCGGGCUGUUUUGACAGAUAGGGCCCUGUUGGCCCACCUGGGGAGGCCUUGGGGACCCAGGCAGAGGAAGAGGAUGCUGACGAGGGGGGCUCAGCAGAACAAGGCGACUGGGAGACCAUCCCUGCAGAGCCUCAUUGCCCUGGAGUGGAGAGGGUCUGUGUUCUUUUUAAAUAAAACGGACCCGGAGCAAAACAGUCAGUGAGAUACCUCACCCAAGAGCAUCCCUCUGGAAAACUUCUUCCACACAUGCCUGUGGUGCAGGGGGAUGGCCUGGUGGCCGUCCCCUGGGGCAGGGGCCUGGAGAAUCGAGAAACACCUGGUGAGAGGCCAGGAGACUGGGAGCUGAUGCAGACGCCGUCUGCAGACUCACGUCCGGUGUUCAGCAUCAAAGACUCCCUUUAUUCUUUGCGCAUGGCAGCUACACCACUGAAGAGCAAGGGGCAUCCGGACGUGUUCUCAGGACCUCGAUGGAUAGGGUGGGGGCCUGUGCGGGUGGGGCCUGCACGUCUGCCCUCUGAGGCCCAGUGGACAGCUGUGUUGCCUUUACUGUCGACCCCCCCCCUUAGACGUUUCACGUGCUGCUGCUUCCCGAAGUGACCUAGCCCUCUGUUCAGUAGGAAGUCUUGUUUACAUACUGUAUCAGGGAUUUCGUGAUACUUGAAAGCUCCUUUGGAGAAAAACGAUGUUGGUUGCCAGCCUGCCUGUCCCAUGCGCGGGCUGUAGGUUUGUAUCCCGGCUUGUGACUGACCAGUGGGGUCACAGCUCCCUUUUCAAAAGCGUGCAGUUGGGGAGAACCACUUUCCAGUCCCUGGAUUCCAGAAGAUUCCACAUUUUGGAUGCUGUGUUCACCUGUAGGACCAGAGGUAAAAGGUUGUUGAAGGGUAGAGAGAGGUUCUGCCUCCUCUGCCUGCUUCUAGUGCUUGAGUUUAAAGCCAGGCUCCGUGUUGAGUUUGGCUGCUAGCAAAGGGUAAUCAUGUGGAAUGUGUGCCUAAGGCCCGUUGGAUUUGGGGAGGUGGGUGUAUAGUGUAUAUGCCACCACCAGCGACAGGCAAGCAAUCGUUCGGAUCAAAAGCCAGUAUUUGGGUUUCUGCAGCGAGGGGGCUCUCAGGACCACUUGGGGGGCCAUGUGCAAUAUGUUCUUAUCCCGACUCGCGGCCUGUGCUCAAGUGUGUGUUUUUUUUGGUUGGAUUGGGGACACAUUCACCCACAAAACUGAGAGGUGCAAAGAUCCACGAAAGCAUUUUUCCCUAUGCUUAUUUUUUAAGAAGAACCCACGUUGGUUUUGUUGACUCACUUGCCUGUCCGGGAGACCGGCGGAUGGCUGCCUGCAGCAGUGGCAUGCUACUGAGUCGGGCCUGACGGUGACAGUCCCCGCAGGAGAAAGUCCCCGCGUGGGAGCAGAAGAGACUGGGUGUGGGUACGGCACUGCCACUGGGUCACACUCACAUAGGAAACUGCACGUUCGUUUGUUUUUCUCUUUUUCCUUUGCUCACCUCCUAUUUAUAUACAACUGCUUUGGAUUUCAUGUUAUUGUGUCUGCUUGUUCUGUGGCUGGGGGCUUGUGAGGGGCCCCCAGUAAAAGGUGUCCCUUAAUAAACAUGUCACCGGCUGUA